CGCAUCCUUGAAAUCAUGGCGGCGGCAGCGGCGUACGUCCUGCUUGUGAUCCGCGGCCUUGAACAUGUCGCAUUGACUGAAAUCAACAGCAAGCUUCAAGUGGUGUCCAUCGAAAUCUUGACGUUGCAAGCUGAUCCAGCCCAGCCGCGCCUCGACGUCGAGCGCGGCGAAGCAGCGGUGGGGAAGCUUCUUCUAUAUACAACGUCGUCUCUAGCUGAUGUAAAGUCCCUUUGCUCCAUCCAAGCGUGCUUGGCUUACCUUGGGCACACCGCGGACAUUGCCACAGCCACGUCGGCCGGACUCAACCAGAUCGGCAUGUUGGUCGAGCGCGCCUCUACAUGGAGCGCCGCGUUGGCGCUGUGGAAGGACGUCCACCAUGAUCCACCUCCGCCUUCGUCCAAGGAGGAUGCUCCAUCUUCCGCGCUUCGCUUUCGCGGAUCUUGUGUGCGGGAUGGCAAGCAUGCAUAUUCGUCCGAGGCGAUCGCGGGCGCAGUGGGCACCGCCGUCCUCAACUUGCAUCCCAAAUGGACCGUGUCGCUGUCGGACUUUGACGUGGAAGUCGUCGCACUCGUCAUGCACUCCCACGUCGUGUGUGGGAUAUCCUUGGCCGAGAACUCCAAGACUAUCAACUACCGCGGCGGCCGCCUAGCCCCUGAAGCCCGCCACCUCUCGUCUCUGCAGUACAUCUCGACCCUUCGACCUAGCACCGCCUAUCUAAUGCUGCAGUUGGCCAAGUGUCAGCCGGGCGAUGUGGUGCUGGACUGCAUGUGCGGCGUCGGGACUCUCCCAGCCUGUGCCGUGCGCUGGGGACGCCAUGUUUUUGGUCUGGGGGGAGAUGUGACUCGGGAUGCGGUGGACCAAGCCAGUGCCAACUGUACUGGUCAAUAUGCAUCCAUCUGUCAAUGGAGCGCCGAGAACCUUCCGCUGCGCGCGGCAUGUGUCGAUAGAAUCCUCGUGGAUAUGCCGUUCGGGAUUCGUUGCGGCAACUCGGUCAACAACUCCAAGCUGUACCCCAAAGCGAUUGCUGAAAUGGCGCGGGUGUUGCGGCUCUACGGGAUUGCAGUGCUACUGGUCAUGUCCAAGAAGCUGCUGAUGCAUUCGGUGCGCAAUACGCCGUCGCUGGUCGUAGUCGACGCCCUGCAGGUCAACAUUGGAGGUCUCGGCGUCGGUGUGUUUGUGCUGCAGAAGACGUCGCCUCACAUGGCGCCACGUCACAAACCAGCAACUUCAACAGCCAGUAAACGAAAGCUCCAACAAGAGCAUGUACCCUCGACAACAGUGUGAAUCCAAGUCAAAGUUCUAGACCAGAAUGACCAAAGACGAUAAUAAUACCACGUAG